UCCCCAUCGUUUUUCACCCCUCCAUCCGUGAGGCGAAGCUAAAUCUCUGCAGCUUUCGCGAUGGUGCACAAUCGGAUAAUUAAAAUUCGUAGCUUCUAAGCCACAAGAUGAGCACGUCAUGCAUAGAAGACCUCCCGGACGUUGUGUUAGAGUAUAUAUUCUGCUACCUUUCGCCAUACAGAGACUUCAAGUCGUGCAGACUAGUCAACAAAGCUUGGUACGCUCACGCUAAAGCUGCAGAACGUAAGCUGCGCAGGGACUUCCUAAAUUCUGUGUCGCUUCAAAAUGUUGUCUGGUGCCAAAAGCCAACAGAGUCGGGGCCCACCAUUUCAAAGCGCUACUCCCACAGUGCUUGUGUGCUUGGGGACUCGAUGUACGUUUUCGGUGGUUGCACGACAGCGAAUACGACGUUCAACGACCUUUGGCGCCUUGACCUUGCUACCCGAAGGUGGAUUCGGCCACUCACAAUGGGUACCUACCCUCCACCCAAAGCAUGUGCGUCACUUGUGCCGUACAAGGAAAACCUGCUGCUUUUUGGGGGGUGGACGCACACGUCUCCAUACCCGUUACAUCAGGCGUGGCGCAUCUUCCGCCACCUGCACGUGUACAACUGUAGCGCCAACCGGUGGACCCAGGUGAGCACAGUCGGCGGCUGUCCCUCCAUGGCGGGCCACUCGGCCACCAUGCAGGGUCACCUCAUGGUGGUCUUUGGCGGGCUGCACUGCGCCAACCCGGUCGGGCCAUUCUCCAGUUCCAACGACAUCUGGGUCCUAGAUCUACAGAGUUAUGUGUGGAGCAAGCAGAGGACAACUACACCAAAGCCCUGGCCACGUUAUGGCCAUUCACAAAUUCCCUUGGAUGAAAAACACAUUCUUGUUGUUGGAGGCUGUGGUGGCCCUAACAUGCUUUUGAAUGACGUCUGGCUGUUGGAAAUUUUUGACAACCCUGAAACGCCAUGGAGCUGGAAGGAAGUGACGGUGACAAACAAGGAGCACGCGGCACCGCAGCUCUCAUUCCAUCCUGCAUGCAAGGUCGGUGAUCGGGUGGUGGUGCUGAGCAAAUCACAGCGAGCGUAUGCCACGCCCUCUGGGUUGCAUCCAGCCGGAAUGAUGCGAGUGCGGCCGACACAUCGCGUGUGGGUGCCUCCAAGCCCUGAACAGCCAGCCAGGCCUCAGCCGAGCGAUACUCAGCGGGAUGCAUGCGUCAAUGGAACCCGGGGUGUUCUGAAGAGGCCCCUUGAGUCACUGCCUUCAUCGUCUUCCUCACCAUCUACCUCAUCUUCACCUAGCCAGCCCUCCACGUCAAACCAGGGCCCAUCAGAUUUUGCACUUCCUGGCUCAUCUACAGCCAGCAGUUCCAGUUGCGAUGAAGAGGAUGAAACGAGUGAUGAUAUGGCAAGGAGGUUGUCCUCAAAGAAGACUGCUAUAUCCACAGUCGGCAGUGCCCGCCCAUCGGUACGCCCCAAUGCCCGGCACAAUCGGCAAAGGCAGCUGGAGUUACUCGACCGUAUGGAGCAGAGGCUCAAGGCCCUUAGAGCAGGAGGGGCAUCGUCUCUGCCAGCACGGAGGCGGCCAACCGUGCCCGUGUGCCCCAUGCGGCUGUACGUGCUGGAUGUCAGUCAGGUGGCUCAGGAAGGCAAGGCAUCGUGGCUGCCACUGCAGCCGCAAGCAGCUGCAACUAGCACUGCUUCCAUGGUUGAAGAGGUGAUCCUGUACUCGCUGGUGCUUGGACGUGGGGAGCUGAUCCUCUUCGGUGGCAUUCAGAAGGACCUCGUCAACAGGCAGGAGGACACCGAUGGCACAUCUGAGGUCGUCUCAAGCUCUCUGCACUUCAUCACAUCCAAGAGGGACGUCAUAUGAGCACUUCAUGUGCGCCGACUGCCGAAGUGGCUCAAAUGUUGCCUGGUUUCUUGGAUGGCUUGCACGUGCACUUUUGUUGUUGGAGUUGCUGGAAUGUUCCUCUUGUCCUGGUCAUCAUCCCACCACGCACCGUGCUGUGCUAGUUCACAGUUUUCUGUUUCCAGUGAACGCCCGCAGCGCUCUGCAUUUCAGAGAGCGAGCCGAAAAGCAGAUGUGAUGUUUUUGUUGUUCCACGUGCACUGUCGAUGUGUUUUGCAGUUUCUGGCCUUUAUUUGGCUGGUUUGCAGAACUCUGCUUGCUGUGUCAAGCAAAAACGAAAGCAACUAUCCGAGUUGUGAAGACACUGCCGCACGUGUGCUAAGAAAGCUCUUGUGCAGACUUGUCAGGCUUCGAAAUAUUUUUAAGGAAGUGUUCAUAGCAGGAAGAAAUUUUUCCAAAUAGCAUGAGAGCGAGGUGCAUAAAAGAAAGAUAGAAGUUGAUUUGUAAUUUUGCUUGAAAUUUCAUUUUAUUGCAUUAUUUCCUCAGCUUUUCAAUGCAGAUUUUUUUUAAUACUAACUAACCAUUGCAGCUAACAGAAAGUAGAAUGUUUCUGUACAUGUGAUUAUGUGUAAAAUUUGGAGAGGAGUCAAAAUAACCAAUGCCACAAUUUGGGCUACUUAGUUAGCCUUAAUAUGUAACUGAGCAGCUCGAAGAAAACACCAGAGAUAUGUAGGACAACACAUAGUGCACAUAACAUUGUGUGCUGUCGUGCAGUGUAAAUGUGUCUUUUUCGUGCGCCUAUGGUUCGCAUUGUGCAUAAUGUUGAUGACUCUUACAUGUUCGACGUUCAACCACAGUUCAGUAAUCCGAUACGCACAAUGUUGUAAUGUAUGUUGCCCUAAAUAGCUUGUGCAGGUGGAAGCCUGCAAUCAAGGCAGCUGCAGAUGAGUGAAAUGCCAUUGUAAAGCUUCUGAGUGGAUUUCUAGCUUGAACGCUAAAGUCUUCAGUUGAGUUCUUUGCUCAUUGAACACAGAUUUCAGGGUGUCUAUAUAACAUGGGCUACUGUGUGUUGCCACAUUGUUCUUCCACGUAAGCACACUUACUAGGUGCUCUCAUUACAGUUUUUGACGCAUCCUUCACAUUAUGAUGGUUGUACAGUGCAUGCUCAGAUUUGAGCAUCUGAUUUCUAUUUAUGUGAAAUUACCUACUACACUGCAUCUUUGUUCUCAUUCUUGUUCGAAACUGGCUGGCAUUAUUCGUAAGCCUGUUAUUCAGAAUUCUGGUUAACUCUCUGUCACUUGCCAUUUUGGGUGAUGAAAAAAAAAUGCUGCGUUUAAUGCUACAGUUAUACAGAUACAGUCAAACCUCGAUGUAACAAAGUUCAGUGUAAUGAAAUUGUUGACGUAACAAAUAAUUUUGAUUUUCUUAAUUUGAUGUUCAUAGAACACCAUGUAUAUUUAGCUUCAGUAUAACAAAGUAAGUUUAUCCACAAUUUCACUGUAACAAAGAUUUCCUGUUGCUGUGAAGGGAUACUGAGGCAUUAAAUGGAGACUGCCGCAGAAAUGAUUGGAGUCGGGUUUACCGAAAGUCUGCUGUUACAAAAUGAAGUCCUCAGACAUCGCUACACACUUUAAGCUGUGCAGUGAAAAAAAAAGCCCUACUGGGGUUUUUGCAUGAAAAAUGGAUGGAGUGUUUCAGUCAGUAGACCCUGGUUAUAGUUUAGGUGGCAUGGGAGCAAUAAAAGCUCGCUACACAAAUGUGUACAAUAUACGUAUGAAGUGCCGAAUCCGUUUGUGAUGCAUGCACAUUCAGGGUGGCGUGCACUGGCAGGUGUCGCCUACAGAAAGCAAUGUACUUACAUUGCACAUAUACUCGCUUUCAAUGUGUGUACACUGGGAAAAAUGCUACAGGGCAAGCCAUGGGGCACCUGAACAAAAAUUUUGUAUUGAUGCUGAGCUUCCCUCAAACAUUCAGCCGUAGAAACAGCAGAGACUGAUACACCUCUGUGCACUGCAACAUGAAGCGAAUCUUGUACGUGGGCUUGGCACAAAAACUACCGAGGUUGUCAUGAAACACAAACAGAACGUUGCAGCCAGAAAUACCCACAUACAUUUCAGGUGGCAUGGGAACGAGCUAUGGAAAGAAGAAUGAUGGGUGUAACGUUAAGGGAUAAGAAAAGAGCAGAUUGGGUGAGGGAACAAACGCGAGUUAAUGACAUCUUAGUUGAAAUCAAGAAAAAGAAAUGGGCAUGGGCAGGACAUGUAAUGAGGAGGGAAGAUAACCGAUGGUCAUUAAGGGUUACGGACUGGAUUCCAAGGGAAGGGAAGCAUAGCAGAGGGCGGCAGAAAGUUAGGUGGGCGGAUGAGGUUAAGAAGUUUGCAGGGACAACAUGGCCACAAUUAGUACAUGACCGGGGUAGUUGGAGAAGUAUGGGAGAGGCCUUUGCCCUGCAGUGGGCAUAACCAGGCUGAUGAUGAUGAUGAUGGGAUUCAUAAAAGCUUUCAGCACAAUGAAGCACAGAAGGCGUUAGUGUGUGGCGCGUAGCAGCAACUACUGUCUACAAAAAGCGAUGCAUUUGGAAAAUGCGACUGGACAAGCCACAAGGCGUUAGGAAAUGAAUUUGAUUAUGGUGCCAAAGCUUAAGUCAAUUAGCUUCUUGUCAACAGAAUGUCAAGUGCAAAAACGAUUGUAGAAGGCGCCGUGUUGAUACUGUGUGGAGGUAACCCAGUGCGUGCUGCAUGGCAUUGGCUGACGAUGCAUGCGUCUUACGAAGGGGUGUGCAGCCCAUUCACAAAUAAUUUAUGGAAUUUGUUUUGUCUCGAACACUAUCAAUGCGAAACAUUAUGUGCCCCAUUAUGCGAAAAUCCGUCGUCGGUUGCAUGACCGAAUAAUCGUACUAAAAUGUCCGACAGCGCAAAGAGCAAAAACACGUCAAAAAAUGCUUGGAUUGAUGUCACAUUUCUCAGGGAGGUCCCUGUCAACAAAGUAAAUUAAUGGCUUUGAAAAAAAAAAAAUUUGGCGCAUUUCGGUCUCGGUGGGGAUCGAACACGGGCCUCGGCGGCUCCACGGUUCUGCUUGACUAAAGGUGUGCCUGGUGCAUGCAUCAUUGCACAUGCCAUGUCGCAGCCAUGGGUGUAUAGAUUGAAAAGCAUUAAUCUCCAUUUGAACGCUGCGGAACAGUCCUUCGAGUUAUGAAGUCCUCAUGGGCAAGCGAGCAUGUUGAGACGCACUUCGAUUUGGCCUUACCGAGGUGAAGUUACAACGCAGACGAGAGCUUGCAUGGACAAGGAGUGCUCAGGAAAAAGCAUUUCACCAAAGCGACAAUCGCCCCUUCAGUCAUGAAUUAUGAUAUUUUCCAGGGAGACUUUUAAAGCUUGCAGGCAUGUAUUGAUGUUUUAAGUGUCCAGAGUGUGAAGAAAAAGAAUUCACCUCUCUAGGACAGUUAUGCAAAUUCUUUUCACGUCCUCAUAUGAAGACAUCGGGACACAAUACUAGCUUUUUUUUUUUCGCAAGUACGCUUUGGCAGCUUACAGGAAGGAGGGAAAUUAUUUAUUUAAGGUUGUGCAAAUGUUGCAGCAACGAGUUCACAGGUUGUGAUAUUGGAGGAAACAGUCCUAAUAAGCUGCACUGCGCAAGAAAACAUUGUAUUUUCGGCAGCAGACCAUGGUUUUUGUCGCACACUUCUUUUACUUGCCCCGCUGCUGAAAUGGCGACUGGACUUGCUGAAGCCAGUGGUCUUUUGCAACGUACCUUACGUUUAGAGCAAGAACAGUGACUUGAAAUGAGUUUUUGAAGAAAUACUCUAAAAAAAGAAUGUUAAAUUGUAGCGCAGACAAAAUUCUCAAGUACAAAAAUGAACAGCCUGGGCUGGUUCGGCAGGUUUGCUUUGCCCAAAUAAAAUUCUAUUGACCUGGCAUCAAACUAGGAGUCACUGAUGUCCAGACAACCACUCGAGGUGUGCGAAAUAAUUGCCAGACCAAUGUAGUUUGCUCGAUAGUCCAAAAACUAGAGUGUCUAGCAUCUUCACAAUUGAACUGUGUUUAUGGCAAUCUUCAUCCUACAUUUAAAUAUUUCUUCCACUCGAAAAUGAAAAGAAUGCUCAAAAGACAAUUUAAUUCUUUGACAGUGAACUAGAUGGCGCAACAAGUUCAUGAAAGCAUUGGUAGUUUAUAUUCUUUCGUGAUGUGUAUGGGUCACCAGCAUGGUAAAGAAAGAAUGAGUAAGUCAUGGUGUCUCCAUCUGGAGACACAGAUCAAAACGGGGUCAAACCUAUUCAGUAACAGAACCCUGAGUAUUGAGUAACUGUUAUUCAUAAAUCGUAGCUCUUUCUUUACAUAAAACGGGUUUUUAACUGUUCUGAAUGAGUGAGGCUGUGGCAAGAGAGAAAUCUUGACAGCGACUCGCAGGAGCUCCCGUAAAACGUGGAGACAUCCACCUUGACACAUUUUUAUCUUCAGUAGGGUUUCGCUGCUUCAUAUCAGAUGGUGCUCAAUACAUUUAUUUGUGAACAGUAAAACAGCGCUAAACAACAGGACGAGGACAAGGACACAGGCACCAGGGCUGGCUAACAACCAAGUGUCUGUUUACUGUUUUUACUGUUUUAACCAAGUGUCUGUUAACUGUUUUACCCCUCGUAAUCAUGAACCAACCAGCCCAAAUGCGUACUCUUCUACAUUUAUUUGUGUCUUGAAUAUUAGUCGCACCAGUGUGCAGCGUGACUUCCUCGCAUUUUGAUGAAAAAGGCAAUGAAGAAAGUUGCGUCUCCAUGUGGAGACAUCGUGACUGAAAGGGACAAUGCUUUCGCACUUGCACACAUAAGCAGUCUUAGGUGCCUCUGCCAAAUAUUUGCGUUCAAAUUUAGGGGUGAAACCCUUACACAAAAAUAUACUCUAUUUUUGUGUAAAUAAAUUUCGCUGUUACGAAAUACUGUGCCAUUUUUAAAGAGAAGCUUUCUUUGCCCCUUCUCCACGCUUUGUGACUACUGGCUCAGUAGACGCAAGCUCAUUGCUGACUGCCACACUACCAACUAGGUCACUACCCACUAGGCUUGCCUCUAUGUGAUGCUAAUACCCCAUAGAUGGCACUACUGUGUUGUCGUGGCUUCCCACUUUCCUCCUUUUGCCUCCUCUCCCGCUAUGCUUUGCUGUCUUGCCAAGUAUACUCAAGUCUACCACCCACUCUGCUAGUCAUGCCUCUGUGUGAUGUUAUGGUCCCAUAGAUGGCACCACAAUGCUUUCGAGACUUCCCACUCUUCUUCCUUUCCUUUACCCCCAACUUUGCAGGUGAUGGCUGUCUUGCCAAGUAGGUGCAAGCACACUACCGUACUACCCAUUAGUCUUGCCUCUUUGGUGCACUAGGACUCCACAGAUGGUGCAAGAAUGCUGUCACGGCUAGAGUCCCUGUAUAGGCUCCCUUUAGGGAGCCAGAGUUACGGCACUGUUAUUAGCGCGCCGCUAUUUGCCGAGCGCCAUUAUAUGGUCAAAAUGGGCUACACUGCAUUGCGGAGAAGCCAACACUUUGCAGGUCACACCAACACUCCACAGGAACCGGUGAAAUCGGAAUAAUAACAACGGCACUUCUAUUAUUCUUGUUGCAUGCUCCUCGAUGGUGCUGGCUGAAAGACAUGUGUUUGCAGGUGUUUUCUUGGCUUAAUUGAGGAAUCAAUCAAUGUCACAUUACACACAGACAGCUCUUGCAGUAGGAAACGGUUAUAAAAAAAAAUCCUUUUCUUUUUUUUCUGUCUAAGCAUGGUGCUACAGAAGUUGCACAAUUCAACAUACAGAACGAAAACUUUAUUUGUACAAUAAGCAUAACACAUGCAGCGUUAGUCAGUGCAUUUGUCUGCUACAUACGAGACCCAUAACAUUCAAUACGAGGGUCAAUGCAAACAAAGUACGAGUGCAUGCAAUUUCUCGCAUCAUUCACCUGGGUCAUAUUUAGCUACCUUACCUUGCAUGCAAGGAAUGUUGGGUGCAACAGUGCUGUUGCUUAAGUAGGUGCAUUCGUGUCUUUCCACUGUUGUGAGCCGUGAUCACAUGCAUGCCUAAUAAAAAUUUGAGCUAAUCUAUGAAAGCUUAGCAUUAUAUUUGACACUUUGCAUCGAAAUCGGCAAGGCUCAUGACGUUGCCACCAGGCAUUGGUGUAUGUGUUUGUCGCACGCUACAUUUUCAGUAAUUAUUAGAUGAAAAGUUACACCAGCAUAAAAUCUAGGCUCAUAAUAAUGAGGUAAGCGAUGAACUUGUACUUGCAAAAAAACAAAAAGAAACAAAGCAUUGCAGGCAUGUAUGUGCGCGUGUGGCUCGUACAUGUACGGGUAGUUGCUUUUCCACAUAACUUUGGAGCCCAAGUUGGUGCACCAUGGUGCAACUCUGGCUCCAUAAAGGGAGCCUAUGCAGUAACUCUACUAAACGGCUGAGGUGCUUCAAUAGUCAUGGCUUUCAGUUUCUUGCAGCAUGGUGCAUCGCGCUCUGCCUUCACGUCAAGGGUGAUAAACACCGAGGAAUGCAGUGAACAUUUAAUCCAAAAAUGCGAAAUGGAUCAGUGUUGUUAUGCAGGAGAAUAUGGCUUUGAACACGAGCGUACGUUUUUGCAUAAACGAGAAGCGGUUCAGCGUUGAUACACAGUGUUGAGACAGCAGUGUAAGUGGACUGUGUCGUUUACAUAUGCAAGCGAGUACUUUGAGAAAUGCUUCGCACAGGAUAUGUUAAUUUUGGUGUGAAUUGGAUGCGGUACAUUCUGAUUUCAAGUAGCCAUAUCUGCAGUGUUGGAGUACCUUUCAUUUAUGCUGAGUGAGAUGUUUCCCAGUGAAAACGUAUCCAACUUCGCCGCGUGCUCUGUACUUGCAAAAUGUCCCUAAACAAGAACAGUGUUCCUUGCAAACGACAAUGAAAGCUUUGAUUAAUCGAAUUCCCACAAUGUGUGGGAUCCACAUCAUGAUCUUUAUGAAUUAUUACUUUGUUAUAUUGAGGUUUAACUGUAUUACAAGCGACAGUAAAGGCAUACCUAAGUAGGUAACAAAAGAAUGUGUAACAGUGUAUUGACAACAAUUAUGUCUGACAUUCAGCCACAUGUCACAUUAAAGGAGCCCUGAAACACUUCUUGAACAUAGUUAGAAAGCAUUGCCAAUGUGUUAAUGAGGCUCCUGUGAACAUGCGGGUCAAAUAUUAUUACACUGCAUGCAGCAAGGAAUUUACAAUCUCGUCAAAACAGUGAAAAAUCUCUUGCUCUUCCUUCCGCAAUGUCGUCGUGCAGCAUCAUUGCAAGCAGCUGGGCCCACAACAGUUAGACUGAUUUUGUGACCGCGAGAACAUUCUCAGUAAUACACUUAUUGCUCAGUUGAGUUAAAUGAAAAAUAUACGUGUCUGCGAUCUCAAAAAGAAAGAAAAACCAUUUCAUAUUUGCACUGUUGGUCUAAACACGACGCUUGCGUGUUGCUGCAUCUGCUGCGAGUGUAGCGUAGAUACAGCGGCCACCACAAGGUGCCACCGCAAGCUGUCUCAUGUUCAACCUUUGGGAGGGGCCAGCGGGGCAUUACUCCUGCUUCCAGCGUGCCAGUGAAAAUGAAACGAGACGGCAAGCCGCUGAUCAGUUGGAAAACUAUGUCUAACUACGUUUGUGCUUCAAGGAUUUGCAAAAUUUUUACGGCAGGAGAUUUGUGGGCCGACCUAAUUUAAUAGUGAUGUCAUUCUAUGAUUAGUUAGGAAAGUGUUUCAGGGCCCCUUCAUAUGUGCGUAUAUGUUGAAAGUGAAUGUGAAAGUUUGCAUUAUCAUUGGGUUUUGAAAUGGCAGCUAGCAGCUUAUUUUGCACCUUUGUUGUUUUGAUCCAAUGUUGCCUUGAUUUAAUGGAAAGAUUAAUGGAAUGAAUCUGUUUGGGACAUAGCUAUGCUGGAUUACUGUGUUGUGCUAAUUUGUUUGCGUGUUCUGCUUUCCUAGAACUUACUGUGUUGGUGUUGAAUAUUUAUUUUUUGUUGCAGUCAUUGAAGAAUAGUAGGUUUUAGUGAUUUUGGUUAUGCUUUUGAAUAUAAUUUCGGGCUUAUUUUAAAUGAAAUCCAGCUAUUUGCAUUCUUGUACAAAUUAGUGUGAUAGUGAAAUGGCUGCAGCUCAAAGCUUGGCCUCAUCAUAAACAAAAGUGACAGGCUUGUGAAAGGAAUGUCUUCCACGCUUAUUACCAGGCCAUGGUUUAAAAUAUUGCCAAGCACAGCAUUGGUCAUUUGGGUGCUGUUAGUUACUUGCUUAUGCUCUAAGGCUAUCUCAAACAUUGCUGUUGUUCUUUCUCUGAAUAUGUUCCAUUUCAGCUGGCCAUGGGCUAUGCUCUCUUAAUGUAAUAGCAUUUGUGAUGGCUAGGUCUCUUGAUGAGUUAUUCCUGUCAGACAUCUGUAACUGAGCUGAGGUCACCAGCGUUACACAAUUGAAUCGUUGUGCAAAAAUAGUUAGCACAGUCUCUAAUUAGUACCUCGAGGCAUACUGAUAAGGCUCGUUGGGUGCAGCUGGUGUGUUCACCCGUUAAUUUGGUUCUUGAAUCAAAUAUGGAUUUUUUUUUGUUACAUGCCACUUCUGCUGUUCUCGGUAUUGCAUGCCAGGUUUGCAUUUAGGUCAUAAAUUAAAAAAAUUUUUGAAAAUCAUUAAAUUAAAUGUAGAUAUGCCGAAGCAUUAAGCUGAUUGUUCAACUCACACAAAAAUAAAAAAACCAAUAUUGCAUAUCUGUAGACUGCACACUGCACCUGUGGAGACAUCUAAAACAAACAAGAUUGAUGUAUUAUACAAUGCACUGAAGUUUACCAUUUUUUCUGUAGAACUUUUGUAAAACACUCAUAAACAUUGUAACAAUUUCAUAUGAUCUGUUAAUUCGUGCAUCAAAUUUGUCCACUUCAGGUGCUCUUCUAAGUGCAGGUUACGGGACUGCGAUAUCUGUUUUUAGUGUACAGUUAACAAUUUGUAAACUCUGUGGUUCAGCAUUUUUUAACUCGCCUAGUUUUGGUGAUUCUUGUAUGAACUAAGAUGUACUAAAUAAGAAUUCUGCUUCGUGCAGUCAAUAAAAUGUAGCUUUUUCUCAUA